UCCAUCACCGCCGCUUCGUCGCCAACACCAAGUCAAGCUCGCCCCACCAGCCACUCUACUCUCCUCAGCAAUGGCCCGCACGAAGCAAACCGCUCGCAAGUCUACUGGUGGCAAGGCGCCCCGCAAGCAGCUCGCUGCCAAGUCGCAGGCGCGCAAGACUGCCGCCGCCGCCGGUGGUGUCAAGAAGCCCCAUCGCUUCCGGCCUGGUACCGUCGCUCUCCGUGAGAUUCGUCGGUACCAGAAGUCGACGGAGCUCCUCAUCCGCAAGCUCCCCUUCCAACGUCUCGUCCGCGAAAUUGCGCAGGACUUCAAGACGGACCUCCGUUUCCAGUCCUCCGCUGUCAUGGCUCUGCAGGAGGCCGCCGAGGCAUACCUCGUCUCCCUCUUCGAGGAUACCAACCUCGCUGCCAUCCACGCCAAGCGUGUCACCAUCCAACCGAAGGACCUUGCCCUCGCCCGCCGGUUGCGCGGCGAGCGCUCAUAGACGCAUGCUCCUAUAUCACACUCACCUACGUGCAUGCACAUGCCUCGACGUCGUCGUUUUGCCUUAUCCUCGUUUUGUAUCCUAUAGUGUAAAUUAUGUCUCGGACUGGGUCUACGGCUGUAUGCCAUGUAAUCAUGCUACAUCCAUGCAAUGAUCAUCUGCAUAUAGUGCAACUCUGAAUAACUUAAGCCUGAAUGUUGGUGGCAUGGAAUGAGGCAAACAAGCGGCGCGCGGGCCUCUUCCACAUACGCAGGCUUCCGGACUUCGAUACGCAGCGAAUAAGCAAUAGUAAG